UGUGGAUUCCAUGUUGAUAUGUCAUGGAAGUGAUUUUGGUAUUUUAGCUUACUCCGAAACGGACCGUUGUUGAAGACUGUAGCGUAUUGAACACUAUCGGGUCGUACCAUCCCAAGAGCAGUGAUAAAUUAAAGUAAUGUGAUAUAUGUACUCAUACUGUGCUGGUGAAUAAAACCAUAAAAUUUAACCAAAGGAAUAUUUAACGCAACAAUAACAACAAAAAAAAAAGAAGAAAUAUUGAUUGAUUUCAUAUUCGUGAAUGUGAAGUGUGUGAAUUUGAAAAAGUGUUUUUUGAAAAUCGAUGUUUCUAAAUUAGCAGGUUUCUUGCAAACUGAAUGCAGUACGCAGUAAUUUUAAAAUAAUAAUUAAUUAAAUAGUAAGCAUGUUGUAUAUCUAUGUAUAUUGGUAGAUGUAUAUGAAAUUACAAGGAUUGGAUUUAAUAACUUAUUGGAUUUUGUAGAUAGAUUUGAAAUUUCAAUGCAAUAAAUGGUUAAAACAACGAGCAGUGCAUUAUUAGGACAGUAAAUAAUCACGCACUCACAAUCAGGUUCUCUUAUGGAAAACUUCGUUUAAUAUUUUGUCUGCUAUUAUUUUCUGAAGGACAUCAAUAAAACCGAAGCAGUUAUAAUAAUAUAAUAAUAAAAUAAUAAUUUAAGACGCAACAUGCAGAGAGGAAGAGUGUCCUUUAGCAGAUAUAUGUAAAACAACAACACCCUCCAUUUGUGAGAAUAUGUACUACAACGACAGAACUAACAGCCAAUAUGGUAUUUAUUCAACAACCUACGCACCGACAAACAUGGAAAUCACCGUUGAAAAUGCUGACACCGACGACACAACUGCCAUUGCUUUAAAUUCCACUGAAGACCUUACAGAGGAUGUUGGCAACAAACGGAAGUUCAAGCGCCACCGGAACUCCAUAGAUAGCAGUUAUUUAUCGGUGCCAUCAUUACGUAAAGCACGACCACGUUCGUCUAUAAUUCGACGACAGAUUUCGUCGAGUCCGGCCAAGACGGGUUUGCAAAGAUUUGGUAGUAAAUUCCGUGCGACGAGACGUUCGAGUCAGGAUUCGGGUAUUGGAACUGCCGGACAGGGUUUUGUUGCUGGGGAAAUUCAAUUUAGGGACGCCAAUGCCCAGCAUCAUAAAAGCAGUGACAACAUUUUUAAUUUCAUCAAUGAAUACGAUUCUAAUGUUGACGAAAUGUAUACAUCUUCAAAUAAUAAUACAAAGGAUAAAUUCGAAUCAAUGCAUAAAUCGAACUCGCAUUCUAUAAAACUCCCACCAUUUAUGGAGGAUGACAGUGAACGAAGUCCAACUCUUGCAUUUGGGCCAAGGAUUAAUGAUGAAAAUAUCCCAGGAACUGCAAUGCAGAUUGAUCUAGAUCUUGAAUUGGAUCCAAUGACAAGUGAUGUGUCUAAUGCUCGUCCUACCGACUCAACACAAUCUAAUGUCAUAUCGGACAAUCAUUUGUUUAUGUACAAACAACAAUCACCCAACGAUAAGAACAAAAACAAUUCCUCUCCACUUGACAGCAGUGGAAAUAGCUAUUUCAACAGCAGGAAAACCAGCAAAAGGAACAGUACUAAUGAUGACAAUGAAGAAAAACGGACCAGCAAACAGGAUACAGAGGGUCUCGAUCCAGAGUCACUAAUGUUUCGUGAUGGACGACGACGAAUUGACAUGGUAUUAGCUUGGGAAGAAGAAAAUGAAGGUGUUAUGACAGAAGCCGAGGCUAAACGUCGUGAUAAUCGAAGAAUUUUCAUGGAAAAUCUGAUAAAAGAGGGCCUUGAAGUGGAGUUAGAAGAUAAGACUCAAUCGUUUAAUGAAAAGACUUUCUUUCUCAAAAUUCAUCUGCCUUGGAGGCUUGAAGUACGAUUGGCCGAGGUUAUGAACCUUAAACUACCUGUGAAACGAUUUAUUACAAUUAGUGUCAAAGCUUGGGAUGAAGAAAAUUUAAUGGCACGAAGAAUUCAGGUUUUGAAAAAUAUUUGGGCUCGUUUAACUAAGGUGAUACAGCUUGAAAGCUCCGUAUUAGAGGGUGAAACAACAUAUAAAGCAUCAACUGCCGGAGGAAAUCCCGAAGAACAAUUUAUAGUGAAAGAUCGUUGUACAACCUACACAAGUGCUCAACGAAGCCUAAUGGUAAUGCAAGUCCUGCUUAGAACACGCUUCGACGACAGCGAUCGAUUGGGAAUUAGAAGGCUUCUCAAUGACAAAACAUACCUAGCAUGCUUUCCACUUCACGAAGGCCGUUACGACCGUCCCCACUCGAGUGGUGUUGUUUUUGAUCGGCGAGUUCUUCAUCAGACCUGGGCACAUCCCUCCCAAUGGUAUAAAAAGCAGCCUCUCUGUUUGGUUCGAAAGUACUUCGGCGAUAAGAUCGCUUUGUAUUUUUGCUGGCUUGGUUUCUAUACGGAAAUGUUAGUGUAUCCGGCUGUAGUGGGAACCCUGUGUUUUCUCUAUGGACUCGCUUCAAUCGAGUCUAAAGACAACAUACCCAGCAAAGAGAUCUGUGAUUUAUCCGGGACAGGAAAUUUAACCUUAUGCCCGUUAUGUGAUAAAGCAUGCAGCUACCAAAGACUGUCCGAUUCGUGCCUGUUUGCAAAGAUAACAUAUCUUUUUGACAAUCCUGCCACAGUAUUUUUUGCGAUAUUCAUGUCCUUUUGGGCCACAACUUUUCUAGAAUUAUGGAAACGGAAACAAUCAGUUAUUGUAUGGGAAUGGGAUUUACAUAAUAUUGAAUCAGAUGAAGAGAAUCGACCAGAAUUUGAAACUAGUGCAACAACAUUUCGAAUGAAUCCCGUUACAAGGGAAAAGGAGCCGUAUAUGUCAUUUUCUAGUCGAGCACUGCGAUUUACAAUCACUGGAAGUGCUGUUGCUUUUAUGAUAUGCAUCGUUCUGGGUGCGGUUUUAGGAACAAUCAUUUACCGUAUAUCACUAGUAACCGUGAUCUAUGGUGGUGGAGGAUUUUUCGUUAAAAAACACGCCAAACUUUUUACCACCGUUACUGCUGCCCUUAUCAAUUUGGUUGUCAUAAUGAUUUUAACGAAGAUCUACCACCGGAUGGCGCUAAGAUUAACUCACAUGGAAAAUCCACGUACACACACCGAAUUCGAAGACUCAUACACAUUUAAGAUUUUCUUUUUCGAAUUUAUGAACUUUUACAGUUCACUUAUUUAUAUAGCAUUUUUUAAGGGAAGAUUUUUUGAUUAUCCCGGCGAUGAAAUUGCCCGUAGAACUGAAUUUUCUCGACUUAAAAAUGAUAUUUGUGAUCCGGUUGGUUGUUUAUCGGAGUUAUGUAUACAAUUAGCUAUUAUAAUGGUCGGCAAGCAAUGUUGGAACAAUUUUAUGGAAUAUUUAUUUCCAAAAUUUUACAAUUGGUGGCGUCAAAGAAAGCAUAAACAUGAAACUAAAGACGAAUCACAUUUGCAUAUGUCAUGGGAACAGGAUUAUCAUAUGCAAGAUCCCGGGCGAUUGGCUCUGUUCGAUGAAUAUUUGGAAAUGGUUCUUCAAUAUGGAUUCGUAACACUGUUUGUUGCUGCUUUCCCAUUGGCCCCACUUUUCGCUCUUCUCAACAAUGUUGCUGAAAUUCGACUUGACGCGUAUAAAAUGGUAACCCAAGCUCGACGACCGCUGGCCGAAAGAAUAGAGGAUAUCGGUGCUUGGUAUGGAAUCCUUCGCAUCAUAACGUACACAGCUGUUGUUUCGAAUGCUUUUGUCAUUGCCUACACAAGCGACUUUAUACCGCGAAUGGUUUAUAAAUUUGUCUAUUCGGAAACAAACACUCUUGCUGGAUAUAUUGAACACUCUUUGUCGAUUUUCAAUACCUCUGAUUAUAAGGAGGAAUGGGGAGCCACAAGUAGUGAACACGAUCCUGAUACCUGUCACUACAGAGGUUAUAGAAAUGGUCCAAACGAUCGGGAUCCUUACGGCCUGAGUCCGCAUUAUUGGCAUGUUUUUGCAGCUCGAUUGGCAUUUGUGGUGGUCUUUGAGCAUAUAGUAUUUGUUGUGACUGGAGUCAUGCAGUUUAUGAUUCCUGACGUUCCAGCUGAAGUUAAGACACAAAUGCAACGUGAACAAUUAUUGGCUAAAGAAGCGAAAUUUCAACAUGGCUUGAAAAAAGCUCAACAAGGUGACAACCAAGACUUACUAAAUAUGUUCCGUGAGGCAAGUAGUCGCAUUGGAACUUCAUCCUUGGGAGGACGUGGAAGUUGGGCCAGACGUUUAAGUCGCAUGAGUGAUGGUCUGGAUGCUCAUGUCGAUGUAGCAUCUAGACCACGAAGAUCUAUGGAAUCAACUGUCUGGGAAGUUUCCUGACACGAGGAGGAAGAAGAAACUCCAGAGCAGAGAAAUGGAGUUUAAAAUGUUAAUAUACUGUUUUACUAUUUGUUUAAACUUAUUAAUUUAUAUGUAUUUGUAUGUUACUCAGUUUAUAUCGGUUUCAUAGAGAUAAAGUUUGUAUAUAAAUUUAUAAAAUAUAUAAAACUCUCAUAAAAUAAAAAAAACACUGAAGUACCUGCAGAGCAGAAAAAG